GUGUGAUUUCCGGUUGGGAGUGCAGCACUAAAAACCGUGGAAUCAAACAUUUGGACCCUCCGGUGUUGGACGCUGACAGCCCCCCCUGGCUUCACGGGACGAUGGAGUGACAGAAACCGAUGACUGACACCUGUAAGGUCGGGGCCAUGAAUAAACCACAGAGCAAGGAGAGUCUGAAGGACAAGGUGAAGGGGAUCUUGGGGCUGGGAGGUCCACGUCCGCCGAGCAAGCAGAGUGACUUCAAACCCUCAGAGUUCAUCAUCACCACGGACAUCAUCAGGGAACUCCAUCCAGACUGCGGCCUAAGCAACCGCGUCCGCACCAUGAACCACAUCUGUGACCUGGCUAAAAGCAAGAAGUUCGAGGAGAACGCGGUGGAGGCCGUGUGGAAGGCUGUAGAGGACAUGCUGGCUCCAGAGCAGCCGCCCGAGGCCAGACACGCCGUCCUGCAGCUUCUGCGGGCCAUCAUACAGGGACAGGGGGAGCGCCUCGGGCCUCUGAGGGCGUACUUCUUCAAGGUGAUCAGAGACUACCAGCCGAGCAACGAGGAUCUGUCGGACAGGCUGGAGGUGUUCAAGGCCUUAACGGAGAACGGGAAGGACAUCACGUACCUGGAGGAGGACAUCGCGCGCUUCGUUCUCCUGUGGAUGGACAUCGGUCUCACCUCUGACUUUCUUCACGUCCUCGUAAACCUGGUGAAGUUCAACAGCUGCUACCUGGACCAGAACGUCUCUGUCAUGGUCCAGAAAAUCUGUCUGCUGUGUAACAGAACCACAUCCUCUACGGACAUUGAGGUGGCGCUGCAGGUGCUGGAUGCGGUUGUCUGUUAUAACUGCCUCCCAUCUGAAUCUCUCAGCACCUUCAUCAUCACACUCUGCAGGACCGUGAAUGUGAAGGAGUUUUGUGAGUCCUGCUGGAAGUUGAUGAGGAAGGUCCUGGGAACGCAUCUGGGCCACAGCGCCAUCUACACCAUGUGCCGUAUAAUGGAGGAGAGAAUGUACAUGGAAGACGCUCCGCUGCUGAGAGGAGCGGUGUUCUUCGUGGGCAUGGCGCUGUGGGGGGCACACCGACUUCCAGCUCUAAAAAACACCCCCACACUCGUGCUGCCAUCCUUCUACAAGGCCAUGUCUUCUGCCAACGAGGUGGUUUCCUAUGAAAUCGUGCUGUCCAUCACCAGACUGAUCAAGAAGUAUGGGAAAGAGCUGCAGGUGGUCACGUGGGACAUCCUCCUGAGCAUCAUUGAGCGGCUGCUGCAGCAGAUCCAGACCAUAGGCAGUGCAGAGCUGAAAGCCAUCGUCUAUGAGCUGCUGACCACCGUGGAGGAGCUGUACGAGCAGAACUGCUACCACGGCUCUGCGGAGAAGUUCUUCAGCCUGGUGGAGAAGUGUGCAGAUAAGAGACCUGACGCCUCUGUGCUGACCCUCAUUUCAUACCGGGCGCAGUCCAUCCAGCCUGCAAGGGAAGGCUGGAUCCAGAGUCUCCACUGCCUGAUGGAGAACUUCUUCAGGAACGAAAGCCGGACUGUGAUCAGGAUCAAAGUUCUUCAUAUCUUGUCCUUCGUUCUCAGCACCAACCGACAGCUCUAUGAGGACGAGUUGAUUGAAAUGGUGGUGAUCCCUCAGCUCAGUGGGAUUGCUGAAGACAAAGACCUGGCUGUCAGGAAGCAGGCCACCCAGCUGCUGGUGGACCUGGCUGAGGGCUGUAACACCCACCACUUCACCAGCCUGCUGGAUAUUAUUGAGCGGGUGGCCAGCCGUUCUCUGGUGUGCUCAGGAUCGUUGGACCUUUCUGACAGAGAUCCUACAGCAGAGUCCCCGAUGGAGGAUGUCAGAACGGCCAUACUGGGUCUGAUGGAAAUCCUGCAGAGCAAACUUUACAGCCUUCCAGCUAGCCACGCCUCCCGCGUUUACGAGAUGCUGGUCAGCCACCUGCAGCUCCACUACAAAAACAAGUACUGUUCAGCCGUCUCCGCUGCCAUCAGACUUCAGGUGUUUGACUUCUUCCUGAUGAUGCGGGCAGACUCCCUUCACCGCAUUGGGGUUCCCAACAAGGACGGAGCCAUCCGAUUCAGCCCCUACUGCCACUGCGACCCCAGUGAACCGGAAAAACGUGAAAAGAAGCCCACGGGCUCUACAUCGCCUCCUGCUGGCAGCCCGGCUCCGGCGGCAGCCUCGACAGCCUCCAUGCGCUCCGCUUACCUCCCAUACUCACACGCCUUUGGCGUCCUGCUGCAGUGCCUCAAGAUGGAGUCCGACUGGAAGGUUCUGAAGCUGGUUCUGGAUAAGCUUCCCUGGACGCUGCAGUACAAAGUGCUGUUGCUUACGUCUCCCUGCAGUCUGGACCAGCUGUGCUCCACUCUCUGCUGCAUGGUGACGGAUCGACUGAUCUCUGAGCGCUUGAAAAAGACCCCGGAGGUGUUUUCUCGCACAGACGUGCAGCUGGCAGUGGUUCCCGUUCUGACAGCUGUGACUUCUUACCAUAACUACCUGGAGCAGUCCAGACAGAGGGAACUGGUUCAGUGCCUUGAGACCGGCCUCAUCUACCGCUGUGCCAAGCAGUGCGUGGUGGCCCUCACCAUGUGCACGGUGGAAAUGCCCGACAUCAUGAUUAAGCUCCUCCCUGCGCUCAUCGUCAAGCUCACGCACAUCUCUGCCACUGUCACCAUGGCGUCCCCCAUGCUGGAGUUCCUGUCCACUCUGGUUCGACUGCCUCAUCUCUACGCCAACUUUGUGGCUGAGCAGUAUGUGAGCGUGUUCGCCAUUUCUCUGCCCUACACCAACCCCUCCAAGUUCAACCAGUACAUCGUGUCUCUGGCUCACCAUGUGAUCGCCAUGUGGUUCAUCCGCUGCAGGCUGCCCUUUCGCAAAGACUUUGUACAGUACAUCACAAAGGGUCUGCGCUCCAAUGCACUGCUGCCGUUCGACGACGGUCACGAGCAAAGCCCGUUCCGCGCACGAAGCACCAGCCUCAACGAAAGGCCCAAAAGCCACCGGGCGCCCAAAGUGGCAAAGGCAGCUGCGGGCAAUAGCAGUGGCUCCCCGGUAAAAGAGUUGCGGGACCGCUCAGCCAUGGAGGCGUUCCGCUGCCGCAGCAUCAGCGUCUCCGAACACGCGGUCCGCAGGAUGCACACCUCCACCACCACCUGCAGUCUGGGCUCUGCUGAUGAAAAUGCCGUAACUCAAGCAGACGAAGGGCUUAAGACCGUCCACCUGGAGCUCACAGAGACCUGCUUGGACAUGAUGGCUCGAUACGUCUUCUCGAACUUCUCUGCUUUACCCAAGAGGUCUCCUAUUGCAGAGUUCCUGCUGGCAGGCGGUCGCAGCAUGACCUGGUUGGUAGGCAAUAAGCUGGUGACUAUCACGACCAGUGGAGGAGUCAGAACACAAGCGCUGCUGGGUCUAGACAUGUCUGAACGCCUCGGGGGAGGAGAGAUGACCAGGUCCGACCCGUCCCUGCACACCCGAAUGACCAAAGAGGCUCCAGCCAAGCUGGAGUCGCAGUCCAGCCAGCAGCAGAGCCGAUCCACACGCAUCCGUGUGCGCUCCAUAUCAGGAGGUCACGCUCUUCGCGCAGGUCCCGCUCAGAGUCUCAGUCCUCUUGUGUCUCCUUCGGAGGGGGAGAUGGCCACGCCUCUCUCUCCCUCCCCCGGUCCCGUUCUGGACGGUGGGGGUCUGGACAGCGGGGGCCCGCCGUCCUCCUCUGGCACCUCGUCAGCUCCUCCUCCUCUUAAAGACAACCCCAGCCUGGCGGAGUUUGUCCCUAUGCUCACUCAGGGAUGGGCUGAGAUCUUCAUCCGGAGGCCUUCAGGAAACACCAGUUGGUUGAUGUGCUUGGAGAACCCCCCCAGCCCCUUCUCCUCAGAGGUCAGCAACAUGCCGCUGCAAGAGCUUUCCAGUGUGCUCAUGGCCAUGGAGGGGGUGAAGGAGCCUCCUGCUCAGACCGCCAGUGCCCCCGCCAGCACGGCUGCCCCUGCUCCCACCCCCAUCUCUGAACCCAUGUCUCAUGGUAUCCAUGGCAGCAGUGGAGGGAGGCCACACCUGAUCCAGCGCUCCAACACAGGUGAGUCUGGACACGUGGGGGUGGGGGGUUGUUGUUCGGUUGUGUUUUUGCGUUGGACUCGUUCCUUCACGUCUUGUGCUGCAGAUUCCGUCGUGGUGCUGGAGGAGGGCUCAGGGGGCGCCGCAGAGCACUGCGUGCCUUUCUGGUCUGAGAGUGAGUUUGAGGCGAUGCCGUCUGAUCCCAUCUUUAUGGCUACAGAGAAGCUCAGGAAGACUCCGCCCCCUGGAGCACUCAGCAGAUCGUCCUCCACCUCCAGCCAGGAUGAGGAAAAGUCCACCUUGGAGGAAGUGAGCGAAGGCGCCAUCCCCAUCGAUCAGCCCCCCCUCGGUCCCUCCACCCCGAGCAGUCAGGGGGUGGAGCUCCCGUUUCAGAGCCAUUCUCAGUCCCAGGGUUUUGGACUCAACAAGUCCAGCUCGUCCCCGGAGCUGCAGACGUUACCCGAAGCCUUCAACAAGGUUCUGGAGUCGGACGCCUCUGAGCCAGCGGCGCUCUCAGACGCCAAACCUCCACCACAGCCGGCUCCCUCUGAGAAGGAUGGCACUGAGGUGGGUUCGGCGGGGGACGCUCCCGAUGGAGUCGCAGCACCGAGUCAUAAAGGCGAAGGCUCAGCUCCAUCCUCUCAGGGAGGGGGUGCUGCCCUGAGGCUGCCUCUCCCUGCAGCACCGUCAGGACCCAUUUCUCCUGGUGGGGGCCACAGACCUCGGGGUCACACCAUCUCUGUGUCAGCCCCCUCCAGGAGGGACAGAAGGGCCGAAAGGGACUCCUACCAUGGACGAGCAGGUCCCAGCACCACCGAGAAAGCCUCUGGGCUGAGCCCCAGCUUUGUCUUCCUGCAGCUCUAUCACUCUCCUUUCUUUGGGAAUGAAGCGAACAAGCCGCUGCUGCUGCCCAAAACUCAGGUCAUCGACCGCGCUGUGAAGGUUCUGGACCAGAUGCCUCCGUACGACACGCAUAAGAUCGGAGUAGUGUUUGUUGGGGCGGGUCAGGUUAACAACGAGGUAGCCAUCCUGUCAAAUGAAUACGGCUCCAACCGCUACGCCGCCUUCCUGACCGGACUCGGGAAGUUGAUCCACCUGAAGGACUGCGACUCCGACCAGAUCUUCUUGGGGGGUCUGGACCAGUAUGGAGACGAUGGAGAGUUCACGUACUGCUGGCAUGACGACAUCAUGCAGGCCAUCUUCCACAUCGCCACGCUGAUGCCGAACCGCGAGAGCGACAGAGGCUGCUGCAACAAGAAGCGCCACAUCGGCAACGACUUUGUCAUGGUGGUGUACAACGACUCUGGGGAGGAGUACAAGCUGGGAACCAUCAAGGGGCAGUUUAACUUUGUGGAAGUCAUCAUCAAACCUCUGGACUACGAGUGUAACCUGGUCACCUUACAGUGCCGCAAAGACCUGGAGGGUUUAGUUGAUACGACAGUAGCGAAGAUUGUUUCAGACCGCAACCUUCCCCUCCUCGUCCGGCAGAUGGCGCUGCAUGCAAAUAUGGCGUCUUUGGUUCAUCAGUACAGAGCCAACCCCUCAGACGCCUACGCCUCCAAGUGGCUGGCCAGGCUACGGCACAUAAAGAGGAUCCGAACCAGAGCUCAAGAGGACAUCCAGUCUCGCUCCACUCCUGGAAUCUCUCUCACUCAAGGCCACGCUCAGCAGAACAAGUCGUUUCAGCAGAACACGCCCACUCCAAACCCGGAAGCGUCCGGCCAAAGGAAAAGACUGGUGUCCACUGUGGACGACUUCACCGAUUUUGUUUGAUUCAUUUCCUGUUCCUGAAGGCGUGCACGCUCGUGCGCUCUCGGGUCCGUCUGUGCUUUUGUGUAUGUAAUAAAGAUGUUUGACAUGAA